CACGCACCCUGCGGACCCGGGGAUGUCCGCGCGCGGACCGGACCCUUUCUGUCCCCGCGUCUCUCCUCGGGACAGACCCUCUGCCUCUCAGGUCACCGUGUGGGCAGCACGGGCUCUGUCUCUGCUGACGCCCCUCAGUCGCCCACACUCCCGCCAUCCGAGAUAGCGACCUAAGAAAACACCAUGAAAGAUACUGACAUCAAGAGACUUCUGUAUACCAAUCUUUUGUGCAUAUUUUCAAUUGUCCUCAGCAUUUUUAUUCCAUCCAUCUUCUUGGAUAACUUCUCGAUAUUGGAAACUCACUUGACCUGGUUGUGCAUUUGUUCUGCUUUUGUGACUGGUGUCAAUCUUGUGCUAUAUUUAGUAGUGAAACCAAAUGUAUCUUCUAGAAGAAGUUCAUUAUCACAUAAGGUAACCAGGGUUUUGAAGUGCUGCAUCUACUUUCUUCUGUCUUGUUUUUUCCUUCAUAUCAUUUUUGUUCUGUAUGGAGCACCGCUAAUAGAGUUGGUGUUGGAAACAUUUUUAUUUGCAGUUAUUUUAUCUACUUUUACUACAGUACCUUGUUUGUGUUUGCUAGGACCAAAUCUCAAAGCAUGGCUGAGAGUUUUCAGUAGAAAUGGAGUUACAUCCAUUUGGGAGAACAGUCUUCAGAUCACUACAAUUUCAAGUUUUAUUGGAGCAUGGCUGGGAGCAUUUCCUAUUCCACUGGACUGGGAAAGACCAUGGCAGGUGUGGCCCAUCUCCUGUACACUCGGAGCAACCUUUGGCUACGUGGCUGGCCUGGUGAGCUCACCACUCUGGAUAUACUGGAAUAGAAAGCAACUCACAUACAAGAGCAGUUAAGAGGAGGAAGGGGAGAAGCUGUUUCUUGGUGCAGAUUCCAUAAGGGCUGUGCAGAGGUGGAUGGUCAAAGCCAAGCGGUUCCAUUUACAGCACUGUUGUUUGUCAAUGUUGUCUCAACGUGAUGUGAUUGUAGCUUUUAACUAUGAAACCCCUGAGAGAUUGUACCUUCUAGUUGAAAUAAAGUAUUUAUAGUAGA